AUGUGUGGCAGCUACUAUGGAAACUACUAUGGAGGCCUCGGCUAUGGAUGUUGUGGUUACAAAGGCCUGGGCUGUGGCUACGGAAGCCUAAACUGUGGCUACGGAGGCCUGGGCUAUGGCUAUGGCUCUGGCUAUGGCUGUGGCUUCUGUGGACUGGGCUGUGGUUAUGGCUCUGGCUAUGGCUGUGGCUUCCGGGGACUGGGCUGUGGCUAUGGUUGUGGUUCUGGCUAUAGCUCUGGAUUUGGCUACUACUAUUGA